AUGAAUGCCGCAGACCGUAAUGCAGUACAGGGAAUAAUUAUGGAAGUGGUUGCUAAUUUACUAAAGGCUCAUAGUGCGGAGAAUAGCUGGACGGAAUACUAUGGAAGCGCAGUCUCCAACACAUUAUCAGAGAUGCUUCCACUGAUAGUACCUUCAACUACAGUGUCCAACUGCUCACUGCUGGACAUGCACUCCGUCUCCGUCCGUACUGCUUGA